GGUUUUUCACAGACAACAUAAGGAAGUAGACAAGCAUGAUGAUGAGUUCAAAUAACAUGGAGUGUUCCGCUAAAUCGAAGGAAGAAGAAGAGAUCACCAAAAUAAGUCUUAUGAGAAGCUUGGUUGAAACACAAGAUCCUUCUUCCAAGGCAAAAUCAUGAUUUCUUCUGUUAUGUCAAAAUUAUGAUUGGAAAAUUGAACCAGAAGUCCGACAAGUUGAACUUUCGCUUCUUGUAGGAAGUAGAUGAUAUGACAAUACGAAGAUUUCUAAGAGCUCGUGAAUUAGAUGUGGAGAAAGCAUCGAGCAUGUUCCUCAAGUACCUGAAAUGGAGACGAAGCUUUGUUCCUAAUGGUUUCAUUUCUCCAUCAGAACUCACACAUGAAAUCCAACAGAACAAGAUGUUUUUGCAAGGUUCCGACAAGAAAGGACGACCUAUUUCUGUUCUUCUUGCUGCAAGACAUUUCCAGCAUAAUGGCGGCCUCGACGAAUUCAAGCGUUUUAUAGUCUACAUUUUCGACAAAAUAUUGGCCAGGAUGCCUCCAGGACAAGAUAAAUUUAUUGUGAUCGGAGAUCUUGAAGGUUGGGGAUAUGCAAAUUGCGACAUCCGGGCAUACCUUGCUGCUCUAUCUCUCCUGCAGGAUUACUACCCGGAAAGAUUAGGAAAGAUGUUCAUAGUGCAUGCACCCUACGUUUUCAUGGCGGCCUGGAAAAUUGUUCACCCUUUCAUCGACGUCAAAACCAGGAAGAAGAUAGUAUUCGUUGAGAACAAAAGCCUGAAAUCAACAUUGCUUGAAGAAAUAGACGAGAGCCAACUGCCAGAAAUGUAUGGUGGCACAUUACCAUUGAUUCCCAGUCAAGACAGCUAAAAAGCUGUUUGUUAAAGAAGCUUUAAGGGAAUAUUGAAUGUCGUUUUUUUAUAGUUUAUGUUUAAGAUUUGUAGCUGUUUUUUUUAAUAAUGUUAUCUUUGAAAUUUAAAUCUA